AUGUUCUUCCUCUACAACCUCGAAAGGCAGGUCACCCUGCAUCCGUCCUACUUCGGCCGAAACAUGCACGAACUAGUGACUGGGAAGCUGUUGAAGGACGUCGAGGGCACAUGUACCGGCCAGUACUACAUCAUCACAAUCAUGGAUACCUUCAAUAUCUCUGAAGGCCGCAUUCUCCCAGGCAGCGGAUUGGCGGAGUUUACGGUUGGAUAUCGGGCUGUGGUGUGGCGACCCUUCAAGGGCGAGACUGUUGACGCCAUUGUCACCUCGGUCAAUCACGUUGGCUUCUUCGCCGAUGCGGGACCCCUCCCACUCUUUGUUUCCGCACAUCUCAUCCCUCCGGACAUCAAGUUCGACCCAAAUGCAACACCCCCUCAGUUCACGAACAAUGAGGACUCGGUCAUCGAGGUGGGAACGCAUGUUCGGGUGAAGUUAAUUGGUACGAGAGCCGAGGUUGGGGCCAUGUAUGCCAUUGCUAGUAUCAAGGAGGAUUACCUUGGGUGA